AUGGACGGCGUGGACGUGGAUGACGUGGACGUGGACGGCGUGGACGUGGAUGACGUGGACAUGGACGGCGUGGACGUGGAUGACGUGGACGUGGACGGCGUGGACGUGGAUGACGUGGACGUGGACGGCGUGGACGUGGAUGACGUGGACGUGGACGGUGUGGACGGCGUGGACGUGGACGUGGACGGCGUGGACGUGGACGACGUGGACGUGGAUGACGUGGACGUGGACGGUGUGGACGGCGUGGACGUGGACGGUGUGGACGGCGUGGACGUGGACGUGGACGGCGUGGACGUGGACGUGGACGGCGUGGACGUGGACGUGGACGGCGUGGACGUGGACGGCGUGGACGUGGACGGCGUGGACGUGGACAGCAGAUGUUUAAGUAUUUUCUGA